AUGACUGACAGCAAAUACUUUACCACCACGAAAAAAGGUGAAAUAUUUGAACUGAAAUCUGAACUAAACAGUGACAAAAAAGAAAAGAAGAGAGAAGCUGUAAAAAAGGUUAUUGCGUCUAUGACAGUUGGUAAAGAUGUGUCCGCUCUAUUUCCUGAUGUUGUAAACUGUAUGCAAACCGAUAACUUAGAACUGAAAAAACUUGUUUAUUUGUAUUUGAUGAAUUACGCUAAAAGCAAUCCUGAUAUGGCUAUUAUGGCUGUCAAUACGUUUGUUAAGGAUUGUGAAGAUCCAAAUCCAUUAAUACGUGCUUUAGCAGUGCGUACUAUGGGUUGCAUCAGAGUUGAAAAAAUAACUGAAUAUCUAUGUGAACCAUUGAGAAAAUGCUUGAGAGAUGAAGAUCCGUAUGUACGCAAAACUGCAGCUGUUUGUGUUGCUAAACUUUAUGACAUAAAUGCUCAACUAGUUGACGAUCAAGGAUUUUUAGAACAAUUAAAAGAACUUUUAUCUGACUCUAAUCCUAUGGUGGUUGCUAAUGCUGUUGCAGCUUUAUCUGAAAUGAAUGAAGCUAGUAUAACUGGUUCUCCAUUGAUUGAAAUGAAUUCACAAACUAUUAAUAAACUUUUAACUGCAUUAAAUGAAUGUACCGAAUGGGGUCAAGUGUUUAUUCUUGAUUCAUUAGCUAAUUACAGCCCAAAAGAUGAUCGCGAGGCUCAAAGUAUAUGUGAAAGAAUAACACCCCGAUUAGCUCAUGCUAAUGCAGCAGUUGUUUUAUCUGCUAUUAAAGUGUUAAUGAAACUAAUGGAAAUGUUACCAACUGAUUCCGACUUUGUUACUACAUUGACUAAAAAACUGGCUCCACCACUUGUUACUUUAUUAUCUACAGAACCAGAAGUUCAAUAUGUUGCACUCAGAAAUAUUAAUUUAAUAGUGCAAAAGAGGCCUGAUAUACUUAAACAUGAAAUGAAAGUUUUUUUUGUUAAAUAUAAUGAUCCUAUUUAUGUAAAACUAGAGAAACUGGAUAUUAUGAUACGCUUAGCAUCACAAGCAAAUAUAGCACAAGUUCUUUCAGAACUGAAAGAAUAUGCCACUGAAGUUGAUGUUGAUUUUGUACGCAAAGCAGUGCGUGCAAUUGGUCGAUGUGCAAUUAAAGUUGAGCAGUCUGCUGAACGCUGUGUAUCUACACUGUUGGACCUUAUACAAACAAAAGUAAACUAUGUAGUUCAAGAGGCAAUUGUUGUUAUCAAAGAUAUAUUUAGGAAAUACCCUAACAAGUACGAAAGCAUAAUAUCUUUAUUAUGUGAAAAUUUGGACACACUUGAUGAGCCUGAAGCAAGAGCAUCUAUGAUUUGGAUAAUAGGAGAAUAUGCUGAACGUAUAGAUAAUGCUGAUGAAUUAUUAGAAAGCUUCUUGGAAGGUUUUCAUGAUGAAAAUACUCAAGUACAAUUGCAAUUAUUAACUGCUAUAGUUAAACUGUUUUUGAAGAGACCUACUGACACUCAAGAAUUAGUACAACAAGUCUUAAGUUUGGCAACACAAGAUUCAGAUAAUCCUGAUUUACGUGAUCGUGGUUUUAUUUACUGGAGAUUAUUAUCCACUGAUCCAGGUGCAGCUAAAGAUGUAGUACUUGCUGAAAAACCACUGAUUUCAGAAGAAACUGAUCUUUUAGAACCAACUUUACUUGAUGAACUUGUAUGUCAUAUUUCUAGUCUUGCCAGUGUAUAUCAUAAGCCACCAAAUGCAUUUGUUGAAGGAAGACCAGGAUUACGAAAAUCUUUACCAGCCAGAAAUGAAAAUGUUUCUGCUAGUAAUGUUCCUCAAGCUGCAGUCAUACCUGCCCCACAAGAGUCGUUGAUUGGAGAUCUUCUUAGUAUGGAUCUGACUACUCCAGCUGUUGUUUCCACGUCUGUUCAACCGCCUUCUGUUGAUUUACUUGCUUCUGGUUUGGAUUCAUUAUUAACUACAUCUGACUUACCAGCAGCUUCAUCAUCAAAUACAGGUUUGCUUGGUGACAUUUUUGGAUUCACGCCAACACCAGUAUCUUAUUCUCCUCCUAAACAACUUUGGUUACCAAGUGAAAAUGGUAAAGGAUUAGAAAUUAUGGGAACAUUUUCGAGAAAAAAUGGUCAAAUUAAUAUGGACAUGACUCUCAAGAAUAAAGCUAUGCAACCAAUGAGUGGAUUUGCUAUUCAGUUGAACAAAAAUUCUUUUGGCUUGGUACCAUCUCAUCCAUUACAAGUAUUAAAUCCAUUAUUACCUACAGCAUCUUAUGAAACCAGCUUAACUCUGGCAACCAAUGGACUUGUUCAACGAAUGGAACCCAUAACUAAUCUCCAAGUGGCAAUAAAAAAUAACAUUGAUGUUUUAUAUUUUGCUUGUAUUGUACCAAUGAAUGUAUUUUUUAUCGAAGAUGGUCAAAUGGAUAAAAGAGUGUUUUUAAAAACGUGGAAAGAUAUACCUGCAGAAAAUGAAGUGCAGUUCACUUUAAAAAAUGUGCUUUGCAACACAGAGGCUAUUGUUUUGAAGAUGUCACAAAAUAAUGUAUUUACAAUAGCUAAAAGACAUGUUGAAGGUCAGGACAUGUUAUACCAGUCAUUAAAGUUGACUAAUGGCAAUUGGGUGUUGAAUGAACUUAAAAUUCAACCAGGAAAUCCAAACAUAACUCUAUCACUAAAAUUAUUAGCUAUGGAAGUGGCCCAAGGAGUCUUCCAAGCGUAUGAUGCUAUUCUUCAUUCAUAGAAACUUAAUGAGUUGAUUCCAAGUAAUUGUAUAAGUUUUAUAAGUAUAAGUAGGUAGUCUCAUAAGCUUUCAUUAUGAUAUAUAUAAUAAAGUAAAUUAAUUAAAGUAUUAGCUACCU